AUGAAGAUCUUCGCCUUUUUAGCUGGACUAGCGCUUGGUCAGGCGCCGAUUCCAAAUCGACCGGUUGGUUUCGUCUACAACCCGACUGGCAAUCAGUUCGUAGAGAAUCCAGUUGAAGUCCAAGUGUUCAUCGAUCUUCAAUGCCCAAAUUGUCUCUCCGCCUGGCCUGGGUUGAAAGCAAUGGGCGAUCAUUACGGUCCUAAUGUCAAGCUUUCAGUUGUUGCCUUUCCGCUUCCGUAUCAUCGGGCUGCUUUCAAGAUGGCCUGGGGUCUUCAGAGUGUAAAUAAGAUGAAUCCUCAGCUUGCUUACGAUUACAUGGACAACAUUUUCGCAAACCAAGAAGACAUUGCAAACUACGCAUCAGGCACAAAUGACAAGGAUCUUGUCCAAUACAUCGCCAACAAGACUGUCGAAAAGCUCGACAUUGAUAAGAACGCCUUCCUUGCUAACAUGGCUGACCCUGAUCUGGACUUGGCGACCCGAGUCGACUGGAAAUUUGCUUGCUCACUUGGUGUUUCUGGAACUCCAAUGCCAUACAUCAACCGAGUUUUCCUCGACCAAGGCGUUGCCGAAUUCACUCUUGACGACUGGAAAAAAGUCCUCGAUCCAAUUGUCGGACAAAAAUACUUUGAAAACGACACUCUUUAA